UGCAGAACUAUGGCAGCGGCAUGAGACCUCCGCCCAACUCCUUAGGCCCUGGCAUGCCUGGAAUUAACAUGGGGCCGGGAGCUGGCAGACCAUGGCCCAACCCCAGCAGUGCUAACUCUAUCCCAUACUCUUCUUCAUCGCCUGGUACAUAUGUGGGUCCUCCUGGUGGCGGCGGCCCUCCAGGGACACCCAUCAUGCCCAGCCCCGCAGAUUCAACAAAUUCAAGUGACAACAUCUACACAAUGAUUAAUCCAGUACCGCCCGCAGGCAGUCGAUCGAAUUUCCCGAUGGGCCCUGGCUCCGACGGCCCCAUGGGUGGCAUGGGUGGCAUGGAGCCCCAUCACAUGAAUGGAUCGUUAGGGUCAGGAGACAUAGAUGGACUUCCAAAAAAUUCUCCAAACAACAUAAGUGGCAUUAGCAAUCCCCCGGGCACUCCAAGAGACGACGGGGAGCUGGGAGGCAACUUUCUCCAUUCCUUCCAAAAUGACAAUUAUUCCCCCAGCAUGACGAUGAGUGUGUGAUUUCCCUCCCCCUCCUCCUCUCCAGGAUCAAGAGAGUCAGCUGCCGUUCGGAGGAUCUCAAAGAAUUAUGCAAGAAGAAGCUAGGUGUAUGGGCAGGGAGACGCGUGGCGGGGCCAGCACCCCAGGUUUAGUUUCAUGCAAUAAAAAGGCUGAACUUUUUAUUCCAUAAAACAUGAAGGACAAAACUUAAAAUAUUUCAAGACAUGAUGACAAGAUCCUUCUUUGUGCAGAAGGGUUUAUAUAUGUACAUGACACUUCUUUUUGGAAACAAAUGGAAGCCUCUAGCACCCAACUCCGAUCUCUUUGCUUUGUUCUUUUAAAUAAAGACAGAAACAGAACCCCGUUGUAUGUUUGUGCCGUGCGACACCAGGAAGCUAGUCUAGAUAUGAAAUCUCAUGUUGUCUCUGUUGUAGUCAUUUUUUAAAUAAACUGGACAGUUUACAAUGGUGGUUUUCGUUUGGAAGGCCUGGUUGGUUUUUGUUGGUUUUAUUUUUUGCUUCGGUUUUGUUGGUUGGUUUUUUUUUCCUUCUUUUUGUUUUGUUUUGGGUUCUAUUUGUGUUCAUUCGCAGCACAACGCUUCCUCCUCCAGCAACAAGAUGAAGAGACUCCACCACCUUGUGAUAAAGGCGCUAACGCAGGUGGCCCCCGUAGGAUCACAUCCUCGGUUCGCUGUGAUCUCCCUCCCCGUGGCUGUGGCAUGCACUGUGUUAGUCUGUCCCCCCUCCCGGAGUACGCCAAGAACUCUGUCCCUCCCUUCCUCGAGCUGGUUCACCACUAACACCAAUUUGACUUUUUAAAUCCACCGAAAGAAAGGAGAACCAAAGGGCUGCUCCGCCCUGGGACUUUGAAGCUGUGAUCUCAGCCAACCUCGGUUCUUUUGGGGCUUUUUUUUGCUUUGUCUUUUUGCUUUGUUAUUCCUUUAAAGAUGUGCUCUUGUCGGGGUUUCACUUCUCUGUGAGUCGGAACUGGAUGGAGAUCUUUUCUAAGCAGUUACUGUUGUUGCGAUGUAUCCUUGCUACUCUGUACGCUGUCGUAAGGACACAGCAGGAAGGGGCCCCGCGCUGGGAGGGGUGGGGUACCGUACGGCACCCCCUGCACUGCUCUUCGUUUUUCUCAAUCUCCAUUUCUGCUCCGUGUAUAUCAUACUCUGUAAAAUAUUAUCUCCCUGGAUUGACCCUUGUGCGGAUUAUUGAAAGCAUUGUAUCUUGUUUCAGUGUUUUUUCUUACCUUGUAGUCUGGUUCUAAAAUACCGAGAGGGGAAAAAAGAAAAAAA